CGAGACGGAGGGCUGCUGUCUGCCUCCUCUCCUCUCCGGUGGUGUUGCCUCCCUGUCGCUGCAGUGCAUUGCUGCUCGCUCGCCCUCUCUCUCUCUCUCUCUCUCUUCCUUCCUCGCUUUUGUACCUCGCCUCUUCCUCCUUCUCACCCGUCUCCUCCACAUCCCUCUCAUCCUCCUCCCUGCGGAUGCCUCAGCCUUGCACCCCCACCCCAGCAUCCCGGCAAAUGGUUGUUCCAUCCCCGGCAACUCUGGACGCAGGACGCAGCGAAAAGGCUCACAGCUCCGUUCUGAUUUGAGCACACUGCGGAUUGACUUGAAAGAGGGGCGGACCAGGGACAGUAGGGAAACGAGGAGACGCCUGACAGUGGCCAGGAUCUCAUUUUGCCAUGCCAGUGCCGGAUCAGCCUGCAGAGCAGGAGAAGGGGGCCAUGGUUCCCCCUGUGAUGCCAUCCUCCAAUGGAGACAGAUCUGAGACAGAGACAACCUCCUCUAUCCUUGCCUCUGUCAAAGAGCAGGAGCUUCAGUUUGAGCGUCUGACCAGGGAACUUGAGGCUGAGCGUCAGAUUGUUGCCACCCAGCUGGAGAGAUGCAAGCUGGGAUCAGAAGCAGGCAGCAUGAGCAGCAUUAGUUCUUCAGAUGAGCAAUUUCGCUGGAACUCUCAAGCUGAUGGACAGAAAGAUAUUGAGGAUGAGUUGACAACAGGUCUGGAGUUGGUGGAUUCCUGCAUUCGCUCCCUUCAGGAAUCAGGAAUACUAGAUAGUGGAGAACGACCGGCUCUUCUUUCCCAGAGUUCCUUGCAGCUCAACUCCACCCCGGAGGCUUCGCUCCAGUACUCUGCCAGCUACCAUAGCAACCAGACCCUCGCCCUAAGUGACAGCAUCUCUGCAGCAACUCCUCAGCGCAGCGGGCAAGUUGGAGGAGCUGUGCACAGCUACAACCAGGUGACAUCAAGCCGUGCAGCCCAGCAGCAACAAUCACAAACUGGGCCGGGGUCAGGUAUCUACUACUCCAGUGCCACCUUACCUGCCCAGGGUUCCCCUCUGUCAGGAGGGGGAGGCUCAGGGUCCGGUUCCCCCAGUAAACUUCAACGUCUGGGAUCAGCCUCUGAUGCACAAGGAUACGCUACCACUCAGCGUCUGCCUUCCUCUUCUUCCUCCUCUCCCAAACAGUCUCCUGCUAAUCGAUUGGCCAAAUCAUACAGCACCACAGUUGCUGUGACAACAGCAGGAGGGGGCGGUUCCCCCCUGAGGGUGGCAUCUCCACCUAAUUCCACAGCAGGAGGGGGAGGGGCCAGCUCCACAUCUUCCCCUCUUCACCAGAUGAGUUCAGGCAUAGGGAGCUAUGCAACUCUGUCUCCCAAACGACUGGCAGCUCAUCACGCUUCUGACCAGUACAAGAUCUCCCACGAACUCUACGCUACUGCUACACUGCAGAGACCUGGAAGUCUGGCAGGUUCUCGUGGCUCCUACAGUAGUCAGCAUAGUCAAGAGCCCCUUCGGCCUCUGGGGUCCCCAGAGCACCACAUAGAUCCGAUCUAUGAAGAACGUGUCUAUCACAACAAGGGCCCCAUGAGAAGCCUUAGCCAGAGCCAGGGCCCAGACUCAGGGCCCUACCGCAACAACACAGACCUGACCAUGCGUAUCCAUGAUCAGGUCCGUGACCUAAGUUAUGUCCUCUGUCCCUACUUUCCUGCCAUAGCACCCUCCUCCCCUGGUGUCGACUCCGCCCCUUUGCAGCGCACUGGAAGUCACGGCACAGGAACAGGAAACUACAACCGCGGCGGGACCAACAACUAUGCCACAGUGGGGCCAGGCUACACCUCGAGUGGCGGUAGCGGAGAUGUAUAUGGUUCAGAUCCCUAUGUGGCUGACCCCUACCGUACCCUGCAGUACUGCCCUUCAGUGGUGGAAUCACCCUACAGCAAGUCAGGACCAGCUCUGCCGCCCGAAGGCAGCCUGCAGCGUUCACCUUCUAUUGACUCUAUUCAAAAAGAUCCAAGAGAGUUUGGGUGGAGAGAUCCAGAGUUGCCAGAGGUGAUCCAGAUGUUACAGCACCAGUUCCCAUCGGUGCAGUCCAAUGCUGCAGCCUACCUACAGCAUCUCUGUUUUGGAGACAACAAGAUCAAAGCUGAGAUCCGCAGACAGGGAGGCAUCCAGCUGCUCGUUGAUCUACUGGACCACAGGAUGAGUGAGGUCCAUCGCAGCGCCUGCGGAGCCUUGAGAAACCUGGUGUAUGGCAAGGCCAAUGAUGAGAACAAAGUAACCCUGAAGAACUGCGGGGGGAUUCCUGCCUUGGUCCGCCUGCUGAGGAAGACCGGAGAUGUGGAAAUCAGAGAGCUAGUCACAGGUGUGCUUUGGAACCUGUCAUCAUGUGAUGCACUGAAGAUGCCAAUCAUCCAGGAUGCCUUGGCCGUUCUGACCAAUAGUGUCAUCAUACCCCACUCUAACUGGGACUCCUCCCCAAAUCACCAUGAUGACCGCAAGCUCCACAUCCAUACAUCCCAGGUGCUGCGCAAUGCUACAGGCUGUCUCAGGAACGUAAGCUCAGCAGGUGAGGAGGCGAGACGAAGGAUGAGGGAGUGUGAUGGGCUGACAGAUGCUCUGCUCUACGUUAUUCAGACCUCUCUGGGCAGCAAUGAGAUCGACAGCAAGACUGUGGAGAACUGUGUUUGCAUCCUGAGGAACCUGUCAUACCGACUGGCUGCUGAGACAUCUCAUGGUCAGCAAGGGGGGUUGGAAGAGCUGGAUGGCCUGCUUUGUGAUGCCAAUGGUCGCGAUGGAGAGAGCUCCGGUUGCUGGGGCAAGAAGAAGAAGAAAAAGAAGGGAGCUGACCAGUGGGAUGGCGUGGGCCCCUUUCCCGACACGGCGGAGCCCCCCAAAGGAGUUCAGAUGCUGUGGCACCCCACCAUCGUCAAGCCCUACCUCACCCUGCUGUCUGAAUGCUCCAAUCCUGACACUCUAGAGGGUGCAGCUGGGGCUCUGCAGAACCUGGCUGCAGGCAGCUGGAAGUGGUCAGUGUACAUCCGUGCUGCUGUCCGUAAGGAGAAAGGCCUUCCCAUCCUAGUGGAAUUAUUGAGGAUAGACAAUGACAAAGUCGUGUGCGCUGUCGCCACUGCUCUCAGAAAUAUGGCUUUGGACAUCAGGAACAAGGAGCUCAUUGGUAAAUAUGCAAUGAGAGAUUUGAUCCAUCGGUUACCAGGCAGCAGCAGCAGCAACAAUAAUGCAACCAGCAGUGGGACCUCUGGAACCACAGGCCCUCCCAGCAAGGCCAUGUCAGAUGACACAGUGACUGCCAUCUGUUGCGCACUGCAUGAAGUCAUAACCAAAAACAUGGAAAACGCAAAAGCUCUACGUGAUGCCGGUGGCAUCGAAAAACUCAUUGGCAUUGCCCGCAGCAAAGGAGACAAACACUCAGCAAAGGUGGUAAAGGCAGCUUCUCAAGUCCUCAGCAGUAUGUGGCAGUACAGAGACCUGCGCUCUCUCUACAAGAAGGAUGGCUACUCCCAGUAUCACUUUGUGGGCUCUGCCUCAACAAUAGAAAGAGACCGGCAGAGGCCCUAUUCUUCCUCGCGAACUCCCUCGGUCUCUCCUGUAAGGACAUCUCCAAAUAACCGCUCUGCGAGCGCCCCAGCCUCCCCCAGAGAGAUGAUGAGUCUGAAGGAACGCAAGAUGGACUACGAUUCCACGGCAACCAACGCCGGUUUCCAUAGCAACAAAGGAGAGCACACAUCCCGGAAAGACGGCAUGGCAGUUCAAAUUUCCUGUGGGACAUCUACACUGUUCCGAAACUCUUACCUGACUGCCAGCGAUGAUAUCAAGCAAAACCAGGGUCCAGCCCAGCCCUGCAUCGUGCCCCCUCAGCCCCAGCUGGACAGUCCGUCAGCAGCCGUGCUAAAAGACUACGACCCCUACCCUCCCCCUCCCUCCUUCCCCCAGCCUCAGCCACCGCAGCCUCCACCUCACAGCCAGAGCCGGAGCUUUGACGAGGCCUACUACGAGGACCAAGGACCACCGCCACCCCAGCCACAGCCACCGGUCCAGGCUCAGGCCCAGCCUCAGGCCCCACCCCAGCAACCUCCAAUCUCCACCGGACCACCCAGGGACCCGCGGGAAGAUCUGCGCAUGCAUCUGGGCCUCAAAUCAACCGGCAACUACGUAGACUUCUACUCGGCCUCUCGGCCAUACAGCGAACUAAACUACGAGACCAGCCACUAUCCGGCCUCACCUGACUCCUGGGUCUAGUUAGACUACAGUGUUGGGGGGCAAGAAAGAGUCUGUGUGUGCUUGUGUGAAAGGGAUUAUUUUUGCAAGACAUCAGCAGUGAUUAUACGUGGUAUUUUGAAAGCGAUCUUGUAGCCAGUGGCAGGAAAUUUAUGUUCUCUAAAAUAAGUGGGAUAGCAGGGCUGGAUGGGGAUAGGAAGUAAAGUCAGGUCGAGCAACAAAGAGAGACUGCAUGUGCAUGUGAACUUUUUUUUCCAGACCAGUUUAUUUCUUUAAAGUCAGCUCCAUUUCACCAAUGAGUGGAGCUAGUGGAAGUAGAUAUGACAAAGUGUGUUUGACAGUUUGAGCUAAGAGUAGGAAACAGAAUAUAAAAAGAGAGAAAAUGACCAGACGGAUAGAGUAUGCAGAUGUCAAGAGAGAAGAAGAGGGCGCUAGGAUAAAGAAAUAAGCAGCAGUUGAGGGAGCGUUCUUACUCUGUAGGAGCAAAGAGCUGUCUGACCUAAGGAGGAGAUGAGAGACAAAGAUGGCAUGAGGGUUCUUGAAGAGGUCAGGAAGAAUAAAAGCACAGAAAAAGAUGAAAGCACAUCAGGCAACAAGCAAGAAGUGGAUGUUUACCAUUUCACCCAAGUGACAAACGUAGCACUGCUUUUAUCCCCCUUUUUUGUUGCAAUGGCCUUGCCGCCUCCAGAGGCUUCUGAAUUUGCGUUCAAGGAAUGUCAUCUUCAAGAGACUUCUUUUUUUGUCGUCAUUCUUUUACAUCUUUUUUAUUUGUACUUUUC